AUGUCGUUUUCAUCACUUCCAAUCGUUGAUUUACAAUCAACAUCCGAUGAGAUUCGUCAAUCUCUGUUAAACGCUUGUUUCACAACCGGUUUUUUCUAUUUAUCCAACCAUGGUCUUCAUCCACUUCAGGAUCAAGUCUUUAAUCUAGUGAAAGAGUUUUUUCAUCGGCCGUUGGACGAAAAACUUCGUCAUGCUCUAAGUCCAACUUCAUAUCACGGUUAUUUACGAAUCGGCCGUGAAAAUCUGGAUUCAACCAAUUUAAAGCUCAUUGACGAAAAAGAAGCCUUCAAAUUUGGCCAGUCAGGUUUGAACAACAUCGAUCAAUUUCCUGAAAUUUUUCAUCAUGGCGAGAAUUUCCAAUUGAUUCAGACCUUCUUUCACUCGUGUUACGAUCUUUGUCUUCGUUUAUUCGAACAUCUGGCCGAAACAUUCGAAAUUAAUCGAGAUUAUUUCACAUCUAAACAUCAAUGGGACAAACCACCAGGCGCAACGAUGAAAUUCUUACAUUAUCCACCAACGAACAAAACAGAUUCGAUCCGAGCGGUGAGUUCAUUCUUCACUCAUUUCAAUGAAUGUAUUUCUUUUCCCCAGGGUGCUCAUUCCGAUUAUGGAUCGUUGACUCUUCUAUUUCAACAUGAUAAUCAAUCCGGUUUAGAAGUCUUUGAUCGUUCGACGAACCAGUGGCAUCCUGUUGAAGCUCAUGACGAUAAGAUUGUCGUUAAUUUUGGCGAUGUUUUUGAAUAUUGGAGUAAAGGAAUGAUUAAAAGUACAAUUCAUCGUGUUAAUCUUCCAACUGUUGAUCAGCAGCAUCAUUCGCGAUACUCAAUCGCUUUCUUCUGCGAUCCCAAUGGCGAUACACUUUUAACGCCGAUCCCUUCCAAAUUAAUUCAGGAUCGAAUCUACAUCAAAGAUCAACAUGCGACACAUGUCUUUCCUGACGAUGAUCAACGGAUUUUAACAGCGGGUGAACAUCUUCAGAUGAGAUUAAAUAAAACUCAUACGUAUUGA